AUGGCACGACGAGGAUGCAGCGCGUGCUUGGAGCGCCCGGUCCUUCUCAUUCUUUGUUUGAUUCUUACUUUUAAUAUCACUUCGGCACAGCUACGAUACUCGAUUCCCGAGGAUCUGACGGUGGGUGCUGUUGUUGGGAAUAUCGCUAAAGAUUUUGGGCUGGAUACCAGUGCUUUGAAUGCUAGAGGAUUUCGCAUCGUUUCCGGAUCGACCGAACCCUUGUUCCAACUGAACAAUAAUGGCAUCUUACAUGUGUCCCGAAAUAUUGACAGAGAAGAAGUAUGUGAACGGAUCAGCACCUGCAUCAUCAACAUAAAGACCGUGUUGGAGAAUCCGUUAGAGGUGCAUUACGUCGCUAUUGAGGUUUUGGACGUGAACGACCACUCCCCCACCUUCUCUGAAAACGAGACGCAUUUAGAGAUAUCCGAGUCUGCUUUACCUGGGGCGCGAUUUCAACUACAAGGUGCCCAAGAUCCAGACAGUGACACGUAUUCUAUCCAAUUGUAUAAGCUCAGUCAAAAUGACCAUUUUCGCCUGGAGGUUAAAGAUAGUGGAGAUGAUGGGAAAAUUCCUGUUUUGUAUUUGCAUAAACCGCUGGAUAAAGAAACUGCAAGAAGUCACAGGUUACUGCUGACCGCCAUUGAUGGAGGAAAGCCUGCUAGGUCAGGAACCCUGAGAAUCAUCGUUCAUGUGUUGGAUGUAAAUGACAAUAUGCCGGUUUUUGACAAAGACUCAUAUGUUGCAGUGCUGAAUGAAAAUGCUCCCAUUGGCACAACUAUCAUGCAAGUAAACGCCACUGAUUUAGAUGAUGGCUUAAACGGGGAGGUGGUCUAUUCAUUCGGCAAUAAUGUAAAUAAUAAAUUACGUAAACUUUUUGAAGUGGACACUAAUACUGGUGAAAUUAUAGUUAAAGGACUGAUAGAUUUUGAAGCAAAAGACAGGUAUGAAAUUAACAUUAAAGCUUCUGAUAAAGGACCAGUCCCCUUAGCAACAGAAAAAAGUGUUGUAAUUACUAUUGUGGACCUGAAUGACAACACACCUGAGAUUGAGGUGACAUCCUUUUCAAGUGCAAUUCCCGAGGACUCCAAACCUGGAACGACAGUAGCGUUGAUAAGUUUGAAUGAUAAUGAUUCAGGUUUGAAUGGAAAGGUGAUCUGUUAUAUCAGUGAGGAUGUCCCUUUUACAUUAACACCAUCUCUACAAGACAAUAUGUACUCUAUAGUCACCAAAUCUCUGCUGGAUAGAGAGCAUCAGUCCAAGUAUGAUGUUACAAUAACUGGUAAAGAUGCUGGUGAACAACCAUUGUCAUCUCACAGGACAAUUAGUGUCACUGUAUCAGACGUGAAUGAUAACAGUCCAGAGUUUUCAACAAAUCCGUAUACUUUUUAUGUUAUUGAGAACAACGUUGCAGGAGCCUCUUUAUUUUCAGUGAGUGCUUACGAUUGUGAUGAGGGUGACAAUAACCUUAUAUCAUACAACAUUGUGAGAAAUGGGAAUGAAAACAAAAAAAUGACAUCAUUUCUUAACAUAAACUCAGAAAGUGGAGAGAUUUUGGCUCUAAGAAGUUUUGACUUUGAAAGUCUGAAAACAUUCCAGUUCCAAGUUGUCGCCUCAGAUUCUGGAACUCCGUCACUAAGCAGCAACGUCACAGUGAACGUGUUCAUUCUGGAUCAGAACGACAACGCUCCAGUCAUCCUGUAUCCAGUCAGCUCGAACGGUUCUGCUGAAGGUGUGGAGGAGGUUCCCCGCAAUGUGAACGCAGGACACUUGGUGACUAAAGUCAGAGCCUAUGACGCUGAUAUAGGAUAUAACGGCUGGCUGCUGUUUUCACUGCAGGAAAUUACUGACCACAGUCUCUUUGGGUUGGACCGCUAUACAGGUCAGAUCAGAACACUUCGCUCAUUCACAGAGACAGACGAGGCGGAGCAUAAACUGGUCAUACUGGUGAAAGACAAUGGGAACGUGUCACUCUCAGCAACAGCGACUGUGGUUGUCAAAGUUGUGGAGCCCAAAGAGGCUUUUGCUGCUUCUGAUGUUAAAAGUGCAACAAAGGAUGAGGAGGAUAACAAUGUGACUUUUUACCUGAUGAUAACUUUGGGCUCAGUUUCAACUCUUUUUCUCAUCAGUAUCAUCGUGCUGAUUGCAAUGCAGUGCUCUAAAUCCACAGACUACACUUCUAAAUAUCUACAAGAGACUAAUUAUGACGGGACCCUGUGUCACAGCAUCCAGUACAGAUCUGGAGAGAAACGCUACAUGUUAGUUGGACCCAGAAUGAGUAUAGGAUCUACUAUAGUCCCGGGCAGCCACGCAAACACACUUGUGCUCCCUGACAGGAGACAUACAUCUGGAGAGGUAAGAUAG